UUUUGAGGAUUAAGCAUUUUUGACAACAUACAGGCAGGGAUUCUGUGCUGAUAAAGCUUAACUUGACACACCUGGGUGUCUGUUUAGGAAUACUGUUGAGAGGACAAUACAAGGACAACUUCAGCACCUGGACAGCUACGCACAUUAAUGAAUAUGAAUAGGCUUCACUGAAAUCUAUAACAGCUGGCGCGCUUUGUAUUUUCAUCGCCGAAGCUGCAACACUUAAAAGCCAUGGUUUGAGAAAAGGUUUGUUGAGCUUUUUAUUGGCGUAAAGCGCAAGUCCCCCGUGGGAUGGGAUUCGAAGAGAGGCGUAAAGGAUCUGGCUGGAUUAAAUUGAAAUGGAACAAAAAAACGAGCACCUGCUUGUAAUCUAUAUAAAUAUAAACACACUGCAUAUGAUAAUGUCUUUCAGCAGGCGACCGAGCUCCCUUCAAUAAAACAGCUGUUCCGUAAUAGGGUUAGCAGCAGCUCCAGCUACCCCUCGCCACAACCCUGCUGCUCUGCUACUUUCCCAUCCCUCGCUUGACACAUUCUUGGAUUUAUUAGCUGUAAGGCAAUUUCAUCAGGGAUCUGGUUUGUUCCGGUCACAUAUCCGAGGUGCAUCGCCUGCUGAUCCGCAUUACUUUGGAUUUUAUAGCGUCUGAUCUCGUCUUUUGGAUAAUUCCAAAAGGAUUUUAUUGAACGCAUUCGUUUAUUUAUGUAUUUAUUUUUCGUUAUACCCCAAAAACGCACUCGUUCUAGUUGGUGUUUAUGGAAAGCAGCGGUAUUUAUUAUAAUUUCUCCCAUGUAUUCUAAAAUAUCACCUAUUUGGACUGGUUUCUUUGUAGGAUUUGUUAUGGUGCAAGCUGACUGAAAUACCACUGCUGCAGGUAACACAUCGAUCGGUCUUACUCAUCUUGGAUUAUUUUCCUUUUUUUACUGUGGAAUUUGGACAAAGUGUUCCACUCUGCAGUUUUGUUUGGAUUAAUCCAACUUUCAUUUAUGUUAUUAACAUUAGUGCUCAGAAAAAUAACGUGUUCCACAGAACCCCGAAUCGAGAGACGCGAAAUAGAAGAAAACGUACCGCAGACUAAGUUGGACAAUGAAGCGGGUUAUUAAUGCAUCAUUGACAUCUUGCUCCUGAAACAACCACAUCAUCAAAGAUGCGCAUUUGCUUCAACAGCAUUAAUAAUAUCUGCAAUUUAAGCUGAAAAAACACAGACCACUUUCCAAAGCCUGCAUCCAGACAAGCAUUAUACAAUUAUCUGAAGUAUCCUCAAUGCUGUAUCUCAAAUCUCUCAUGUGACAGGCUCAAGACUCCACCUCAGUUAUUCUAAUGUACUAAGCACACUUUGUUGAGCAGUUUGAUGGGGAUCAGGUCGGAUGACAGCUGGAACUGUGGUCAUCACUGGCGGAAUACUAGCUACGGUGAUACUAUUGAGUAUCAUAGCUGUGCUGUGUUACUGCAGGCUCCAGUAUUACUGUUGCAAGAAGGAAGGCUCCGAAGAUGAGGAGCAGUCAGAAAGCCACGCUACUCCACACUUUGCAUGUAAUGCCUGCACCAUGCAGGCAAGUGAUGGGUCUGCCCUUGUCAACCCCCAGCCCCUGCCCCCUGAGCCUGGCCCGAGAGGGGCUGGCACCCGGAACUACUGCCCUACCUGCUCGCCUUACAGCUCCCUCUUUUACAUACGGACAGCAGACGAGAUGCGCAAUGGGGGGGAAAGAAUCACCUACACCCCCACCCAAUAUGAAUUCUCCUCAAUUAACAGGCCCCCCCAGCAGGGUCUGUCGAUGAGCAGGGAAACUUUCAGCAACAACUACAGGGUUAGGUGCACAGAGGUUUGAAUGGGACAGUCAGAGGAUUUUUGUUUCAUGUGUUGAGAUGCUUUUGAAAUUACCAAGUCGCCAAGAGCAAGUCGGCGAUGUUCUUAGUGUGUGAUCACAUUAACAGAUUGAGUUUUACAUGAGAUAAGAUGAGCGCAUGGGCUUGUAUGCAGAACUUUUUUUUAAAAGAGGAUGAGAAUACAGAGGAAAUAUUUGAGCUGUCAUGAAGAAGGCUUUGAUUGUGAUAUUUUAGUCUUGAAUCCCGGCCCUGUACAGUAAUGCAAAUGUUAAAACACAUCUUGAAUGUGGGGGUCACCUGCAUCAGUGCGCUUAUGAUAUUAUUAUUCAGAUAGUUACUGCAAAUUUUAGUAUCCACAGGUCUAUGUAUUCAGUUUUUUAAAAAAACACCCUGCAAGUACCUCAUUUUAAUUUUUUAAAAGCUUUGGCCAACACUGAAGAAGAAUAAACGAUACCAUACAAUUUAUACAUUGCUUGGAAACAAUUUGAACUGAAAUAGUUUUAAAGCACCAAAAUAAUUCCAGUAAACCGUACCUAAUGUUUAUUGUCAUCGCAGGGUACAUUAUCCUCUAUAAAAGAUGCACACUUUAUGAUAAAUGUGUAAUGGUUUUUUUAAUGGUAUUUAAGUAUUAAAAUAUCUUAGUGCUGCAAAAGCGGAGUGUUAGGAAAAGCAGUGACUGGUUACAGUAGUAAGGAACGUGAGCUUUCUGGGAUUCUGAGCUCAGAAGAAACUACUCAGUUCCCAGCUUCUCCAGUGACUCGCACAUUUUCUGCAUGCAUGCGGCCUCUUGAAGUCCAACACUGGACUGUGGUGUAGUAGCAGUUGGUUAAAUCAGUAAAAAUGGAAUACAGUUUUACAAUAUGUGUGCAUCUUUUAUAAAGGAAAAAUCUGUCAAGUGAUUUGAAUACACUUCUAGUCAAAAUGUUUGUCAUUGAAUGUUAGUAUUACGGCAUUAUUGAGUGUUUAAUAGUUAAGGAUAAUAUUAAAUGAUGGCAAUACAUAUCAGGUAAGAUCUAUUUUUGUGUGAGCUCUAUAUAAUUUACUAUGCGUGUUACUCAUAUUAAAUAAAUCUGCCAUUUAUAAGACUAAUAAAUGCUACAGCAUGAAGGUAAGAGAAGGAAGGCUGAAGUCUGUUUUAAGUCUUACCUGAUAAUAAACCUGUCUGAAUAAUUCUGCUGCCACUGCUGGUGUACAGACCAGUACAUGAAGAAAACAGAAACAUCGCCUACCCAAGUAGGAGUGCAUGUGACUAUUUGUAAUUUAUUGUUUCUCAAAGUGGGGUCAUGACUCCCUAGUAGGGUCACAGAAAGGUUGAGAGUCAAUAUGACAAGCAGACCGAAUCAGCUCGAUUUGACUUUUCUCUGCUCUCUGAUUUUUUUAUCGUGUGUCCUGAUCAAAAGUCCUGGGGUGUCAAUCUCAAAUGGCUUCUAGGGCUUGACUUGUCACAUGGCUUCUUUUAAAGGGCUAAGGGUUGACUUGAUACAUCAGUGCCCUGCUGGAAUGAGCCACAGCUGGAUUUUAAAGAAACAUUCGCAGCCGUGAGCAAUCCACCUGACUACAUCAACCACCUCUGUGCUUCCCAGAGGAUUACCACUUAAAUAAAUAAACCAGUAGGAGUCCUGUGCUGUAAAAUGCUCAAAUAAAACACAGCUGUGACACAAUGAUGACUGAUAAAUUGAUACAUUAAUCAAAUCCUCCAAGAAAUGUAGACAACCAUUAAUGGCUUUCAGUGUUGUUCGGUAGAUUCAACAUUUUGAUGGUGUUGCCAUAUUACAGUGGUACAAAGAUUCAGAUACUAACCAUUAGUUGUAAUAUCUGUUGUGUAUAUUACAGUGAGGUUUAGUUCCCAGUAAAGUUAAUUGCCUUCUAAAGUGUAUUAUAGCAGCAAAUGUAUUAAUCACUGGGCAAUCCCACUGGGUUAUAUAUUGACCAAAUGUACUGAUCACAUGAUUGUACAAUUUGCAGGAUACAGCAAGGGUAAGAAAAAAAAUGGACUCCUAUUGGUGAAAGACGAGGGCCAGCCUAAGGGUGAUGUGGGCCGUAACAUGUCUCAUGUGGGCCACUACGCUAACACGCUAAUCCACUGUCAGUAUGGGGGCCCUGCAAUGGAAUAGUCUUUUGUAGCUGACUUACUGUAGGUAAGAUGCUUGUAGCUAGCAAAAUAACCCCAUAAAUAUUCCCCAGCAAGCACAUUGAUUCACUAGAUAAAUCUCAAAUGUGCAGUUUUAAAAGAAACAAAUGUUUUAAAAAAACACAUAUUUAAAUUUUAAAACAUGAGGGGCAGGAUUUUCAGAUGUUUGUAAACGAUACUCCAGUGUUAAUCAAGAAAUCUGUAUGUAGUAUUGAUUUUGGCAUUUUUAAGCUGUAGUUAUGCUUAUUUUGUCAUUAAAUUAUUGUCCUAAUGUGAUUUCUGAAAUUGUUGAUUUACAAAAUAAUGUUAAUAUUGUAGCGUGGAUGGGGGUAGGCA